GGAAGAAGCUGUGUUGCAGAAAUACACAUGGGCUGUGGAGCUGUUGUCUUUGGGUGAUUGGACUUGGUCACAUCCAUGGAGGAGGAGGAAGACUGCCCAGAGCUGGUUCCAAUAGCGAGUCUUCCCCAGACUGUUCAGUCAGACGCAAAGAUUCCAGUCACUAUCAUCACGGGUUACCUAGGUGCUGGAAAGACAACACUAUUGAACUACAUUUUGACAGAACAGCACAACAAGAGAAUUGCAGUGAUUGUCAAUGAGUUUGGUGAAGGGAGUGCUGUGGAGAAGUCUUUAUCUAUUAGCCAAGCUGGGGAGCUGUACGAGGAGUGGUUGGAGUUAAGAAAUGGCUGCCUGUGCUGCUCUGUCAAGGACAAUGGCUUGAAAGCAAUUGAAAAUUUAAUGCAGAAGAAAGGAAAGUUUGACUACAUCCUUCUGGAGACUACAGGGCUCGCAGACCCAGGUGCGGUUGCUUCUAUGUUUUGGGUGGACGCUGAACUGGGAAGUGACAUAUACCUGGAUGGUAUUGUGUCAGUUGUUGAUGCAAAGUAUGCAAUGCAGCACAUCUUAGAAGAAAAACCAGAGGGUCUUAUUAAUGAAGCAGCAAGGCAGGUUGCAUUGGCUGAUGUUCUGAUCAUCAAUAAAACUGAUUUAGUAUCUGCGGAAGAGUUGGAUGCUGUGAGAUCUGUUGUGAGGUCAGUCAAUGGACUUGUAAAAAUUCUAGAAACCCAGAAAUCAAGGGUUGACCUAAAAGACAUCUUAGAUUUGCAUGCUUUUGACAGCAUGUCUGGAGGAAGCUUGCAGGGCAAAUUUAUUACAGGAUCAUCUCAUCCACAUCUUGAUAAGAGCAUUGUCACUGCUACGUUUGAAGUUGCUGGAAGUGUGAUAGAAGAAAGUCUCAAUUUGUUCAUUCAGAAUCUGCUAUGGGAAAAAAAUGUAAAAAACAAUAGUGGUGAACCCAUGGACAUUAUAAGGUUAAAGGGAUUGGUGGCUAUAAAAGAUAAAUCCAACCAAGUCAUUGUGCAAGGUGUGCAUGAAUUAUAUGACCUUGAGGAAACUCACGUUGCAUGGGACGAGAAUCAGAGAGUAAACCGGAUGGUAUUUAUAGGAAGACAUUUGGAUACAGAUAUCCUGAAGCAGCUCUUUCUGUUAGCAGUAUUAGCAUAACAUCAUCUCAUUGGUCGGUGAAGAUGGACGCCCAAGCUUAAAGAACUCAUGGCAAACAAAUAUUUAUGAAGUACCCAUUUUGUAUUUGAAUCUUAAAACAAUACAGUGACUUUUUCUGUGCUUCUACCAAUUAGAGAGUGACAGAAAUCUAUUACAAAGAAGUUACAAUGUACAAGGAUGUAAAGUAUUUAAAUAAUAGUAAAUAAGAUGUUUACCCACGAAAUGAAAUACAUUUGUUAGCCUUUCAUCUAUUAUAAAUGAUUCAUGAUUUAUAUUAUCCCUUAUAAAGUGCCAAUAUAUCCCAUUAAAUACAAACAUGAAAGAA